ACAAGCAUAUUUAAAUAACUGCACAUUCUUAAAAGUAAGGAAGCACUACCUGAAGGACCUUGCAAAACAUUUUGCUUCAAAUGAAAACAAUGACGACUUUGAGAUUGGGAGUUAUUAUUUUCCUUUGUAAGAUGUUUUUGUGUGGAUUUGCGGAGGAGUCUCCAUGCACACCUGGCUUUGAGUCGGAGUUGCUGGUUUUUAAAGUGCGCAGAGACCACAUUUACAAAGGAAAAACACUAGGAAGAGUAAAUUUCAAUGCAUGCGAUGGAAGGACAAGAGUACUCUUUCAGUCUCUUGACAAGCGGUUUGAUGUGAACACGGACGGGAGCGUUACACUGAAGAAACCACUCACUCUUCAUGAGGCUUACGAGGUGUUUUCAGUGCAUGCUUUGGACGCCAGUGGCAAGAAGCACACUGUAUCUAUCAGAGUUGAAUUUGUCCAAAAUGCCAACGGGAUGAACGCCUCCCAUCCACAGAGAGACUUUCCACUUGAUCAUCCACCUUUGGCAUUUGCAAGGUCUUCAGCAGGUCUAAAAAGAGCAAAAAGAGGUUGGAUUGUUCCUCCAGUCCGUGUACCUGAGAACAGCAAAGGUCCUCACCCGAUGUUCCUGGUCCAGAUGAAGUCAGACUAUGCCAAGGAAACUCAAAUGAUAUACAGCAUCACGGGCGAAGGGGCAGAUCUGGACCCGAAGGGGAUUUUCACUGUUGAGAGAUUCUCAGGGAAUGUCUUUGUAACUCAGCCACUCGACAGAGAAAAAAAAGCUUUGUACAGACUUUUCGUUCAUGCAGUAUCAAGUGCUGCGAGUAAUAUAGCAAACACUUCAGUCGAAAUUCCCAUCAUUGUGAUCGACCAAAAUGAUAAUAAGCCUGUGUUUACUGAAAAUCCUUUUAACGGACAUGUUCAAGUAGCUGCAAUAAAACAUUUUGAGUUCAUGACAGUCACAGCCACUGAUGCAGAUGACCCAGACACAGAUAAUGGUAUAAUCAGAUAUUCAAUUCUCAGCCAAGAGCCGGAACUUCCAAAACCAAACAUGUUUGACAUCAACUCUUCAACUGGAACCAUUCGUGUGCUACAGACAGACCUGGACAGAGAGCAAUGGCCCACAUAUACUUUAAUAAUUAAAGCUGCUGACAUGGAAGGAAAUGGUUUGUCGACCACUGGCACAGCUGUUAUUACUAUUACUGACAGCAAUGAUAACCCACCUCAGUUUGAGCAAACUUUGCUCUCCGUAUCUGUUCCAGAAAAUGAAGUAGGGCAUAUAGUGGCUAAUCUAACAGUUACCGAUGAAGAUGAAGUUGGGUCCCCAGCCUGGUCAACAAAGUAUCAGAUUAUUAGUGGUGAUGAGGAUGGGUUUUUCAAUGUCAGUACUGGACCCAGCCAGCUGGAGGGUAUCAUCACCACUGCAAAGCCCCUGGACUUUGAGAAGACCAAGCAGUACGUUCUGUCUGUAAUUGUUGAGAACGAUGAUCCGUUUAUAGGUUCUUUUCCCACCUCGACUGCCACGGUCACAGUGAAUGUAGAAGAUGUAAAUGAACCUCCAAAGGACACUGUAUCUGUCAAUGAGAAGGAAAAGGGGACUGAUUAAAAAAUAUGCUGGAUCACUUUCCUAGUCCAGUGGACUUGUGGACCACUAGCCACCUUAUAUUUUGUAUGUCUUUCUUUUUUUGAGAAGUGAAAAGGCUAAUCUGACAAUGUUUUAAUGCUUCCUUAAAACAUCAUAAUACAUUUCAUUUCCACUUUC